AUGUCAAACCCCCAAUUCAUCCAAGUUCCUCGCGACCAAGACCCUUCACCCAACACUGCUCACCAGAGUACCUCCUACUCGAAGCAGAUGAAUGCCUGGCUGCGUGAGGACCACAAGCAGAUGCCAUGGCAUAACCUUGCCUAUGUUGCUACAUCUGGCACGCAGGACAACUCCACCUCUAGUUCUGAGCCCACUCCGUCUGGGAACCCGGCUACUCAGGGCAGUACCAAGUAG